AUGCCACGUCGCCUGGAACCCUCAUUAGAUAUGAAACCUCCACGAUCCAGACAUGUGUAUGCCAUGGAAGGGGAAACCAGGACACGAAACUUACUCGACGAAGGUAACGAUCCGAUGUUCAACAAGAACAGGAAAGACAUAUUCUUCGCCAUCCGGGACGAGUUUCCAACUCCACCUCCUACUACCACCCCCUCUGAUCGUCGCAACUACAAUUUGUGGUGUGAUUACCACAAAGAACAUGGCCAUACCUUCGCCCAAUGUCGUGAACUCAAGCUAGCCGACGAGGGGAAGUUAACACGGUUCAUCAAUCGGAAAGACUAUGGCACAAGAACCGACACUGAAAAAAGACCUUGGAACCCGAAAUGCAGAUCUCCCAGAAGAGAUAAGGCUAGACGCGAAAGUUCCAACACUCAAGGAACUAUCAACGUGAUUUUCGGCGGCUACUCCGAAGAAUACCCUACUAUUUGCGCAGAUAGAGACAGCGUUCAUCCUCUGCUCAAAGAUCCACCAAAAACCACAUCAAAUGGGCCCAUCAUGAGAUUCGAUGCUACUACUUCCCAGCCGUUGCAACAAUCACAUACUGAUCCUUUAGUGGUUACAAUCAAGAUUUGGCAAAUGAAGGUGAGGCGAGUAUUGGUGGAUACCGGAAGUACGGCAGAUCUUAUAAUGAUGGAAUGCCUCAGGCAAAUGAAGUUCAAAGAAAACCACUUGCAGCCCCUCGAUAAACCCUUGAUCGGGUUCGGAGGAAAUCAAGUCAUACCCCUGGGAAGAAUCAUACUCCUGUACGGGUGGGAGAGAGAGACAGAAGCAGAACAAUGCCCAUACGAUUCACGAUGGUGGAUCUGA